AUUUUAAUCCCGUGCUUUGUAGCUCAUUGCAUAUCCGAGCUGGUAAUAUCCAGUAACAACCAGCUAUCGUGUCCAAAUGGUCAACAUUUGCACCUGUCAACUCGCCCAGCUCAUUUUUUGCUGUUAAAUGCCGAUAAGAGAAGCAGGACACCAACUAGCACUGUCCAUGUCAGUCAACCCGAUUAUCAUAAUUACAGCACGGGCAGGACUGCAAAAACAGGGACAUGUCCGGGCAUAUUCCACAUGAACGGCCAGCUCAGCACUAAGGUGAAAUACAGAAUGGCCGAAAAUUGUUUAAGCAGUUCGCACAUAAAUACCGUUGACAAUGAGAAACUUGUACGACCCAAUGACAAACUGCACACCCUAUUACAAGAGGCAGGUGUAGAAAAAGAGAUUCUUACAAUGAAAGAGGUCAUAUUCUACCUGGGGCAGUACAUCAUGAAGAAGCAGCUUUACGACAAGAAACAGCAGCACAUAGUCCACUGUGCCCAUGAUGCACUGGGGGCUGUGCUUGGGGUGGACAGUUUCUCUGUCAAAGAGCCACAAGUGCUCUUCGCUAUGAUCACACAAAAUCUCACUGCAGUGAAAAAUCCAGAAUCCCAGUCAGGCUUUACUGAACCCAGAAGCCAAAUUGAAACAGAUAGAGGGCCUGAGGAGACUGACUCAGACUCUCGUUCAUCAUCUACCUCAGAACGUAGGAGGAGACGGAUCAGGAGUAGUAUCACAGAGGACACGUCGACGCAAGACGAGGACGAGUGCGAGCCCAGGAAGAGGACGAAGUCGGACAGCUUCUCCCUGACCUUCGACGAGAGCAUGUCCUGGUGCGUGAUCGGAGGCCUCAGACCGGAGCGGGGGAGCAGCGAGUCUUCAGACUCCCACAGCAACACUGAAGUAGGUUCCUUAGUCAGUGAUGCGUGUGAGGAUGGUCUGAUCCAAGACAUGGACUCUGACUGUGAUAACUUCAGUGUGGAAUUUGAGGUGGAGUCCAUCGACUCGGACACCUACAGUGACAACGAAGAGGCGUCUGUGUCUGGAGAAGAUGAGGUGUAUGAAGUCACCAUCUUUGAGGCCGAGGAGGAGGACUCGUUCGAUGAGGACACUGAAAUCACAGAGGCAGACUACUGGAAGUGCUCCAAGUGUGAGGAACUGAACCCUCCUCUCCCCCGCAACUGCAACCGCUGUUGGACACUACGAACAGACUGGUUCCCGGACAAUGACACCAGCAACGCCGCCUCAACCAUAGCCCCGAACCUCAAACCGCUGCCGCCCAAGCCCUGCCCCUCCCCUGCCCCAAUAGAGACGGAUGAAGCGGAGGGCCUGGAUGUGCCCGACGGUAAAAGAGCCAGGUCGCCCCUUUCCCUUCUCAAAGACUCCCAGGACUCGCCGUCCGUCACCGGGCCAGACUCCCAGGACUCGGCCUGCUCCUCCCAGCCCUCGACUUCGUCGUCCGGCUCCAGUGGUAUCAGCUCGGGCACCUGCAGCGCCCCCUCUGGUCACGAGGAGAGAGCCCCGGACCUGGAGCGCUUCAACAGCCUGGAGGCCCAUCUCCCCAUCAGCUGCCUGGAUCCCUGCGUCAUCUGUCAGACCAGGCCCAAGAACGGCUGCAUCGUGCACGGCCGAACGGGACACCUCAUGGCCUGCUACACCUGCGCCAAGAAGCUCAAGAAGAGGAACAAGCUGUGUCCGGUCUGUAGGGAGCCCAUCCAGUCUGUGGUGUUGAUGUAUUUCAGCUGAGGCUGGCCACCAGGUAGGCCUGUUCCCCAAAUGAUGUCCUCUUCCCCAUCUAGUGCACUUGCUUUUGUGUAAGUUGUGCUCUAAAUUGGGAGUUGGGUGCUAUUUUGGGAUGCGCCUAUAGCCUUGCGCUUCAAAGUAAAUAUACAAGGAAGGAAUAAAUUGUAAAUAUUUAUUUGAAAUUGGUUUUAUUUAUUAACAUUCUACUUCAUUAACAUUCAAAUUGAGUGUCUCAAAUCCAAACAAAGUUCUUAGAAUUGCAAAAAUGGUGUAACUGAUUCAUUGUGUGAAAUGCAUAUAUUUCUGAUCUAGUGGUGGCAACAGCUUAAAUCGUAGCAAUCGUAUGUUUACUCUUCUGUUCUGAUCGAACGAGGUAUCUACAGAAUGUAUACUGAACAGUAAAUUUCAUUUUCACCAAGGCCUUUUCUAUGUUCUGCGUUAGGGUGCACUGGGCCUGUGUGGAUAGCUAUCAAUAUAAACACGUGUUGUUUGUGGACAAGUUGUUUGUGGACACAUUUGUCACCAAGGGAUUAAGCAAGCAGGUUGUUGCUAAGGGGACUUUUAUUCAUGAAAUCUCAGGAAACAUGCCUCAACAUGUCCCCCCCCCCCCCCCCCC